AUGAUACUUACAGAGAGUGAGGGCAAGGAAAUGAUUUUUGGUUAUGCUCGUGUUUCCGACCGGAGCCAGAAUCUUGAUCGCCAAUUGGCAGUACUGGAACCUGUUUGCGAUAAAAUAGUGACAGAGAAAGAAUCAGGCAAGUCCACCAGCGAAAGACCUGAAUUGUUAAAUCUGCUUUCACACCUCCGCGAAGGUGAUACUCUCGUCGCCCACAGCAUCGACCGCCUGGCACGCAAUACUCGCGAUUUGCUGGAAAUGAUUGAUAACCUGGUUGCUCGUGGGAUCACUGUUCAGUUCCUUGCUAACUCAAUGAGCUUUGAUAACUCCCCACAAUCACGCCUGAUCCUAACCAUGAUGGGAGCCGUUGCGGAAUUUGAACGAGGAAUGAUCGCAUCACGCCGCAAUGAGGGGAUUACUCUUGCCAAAGAAGCAGGGAAGUACAAAGGCAAGCAAAAGAACCAAGAACUACAUAACAAGAUUAUCGAUAUGUUACAAGCCGGAAAGAAUACACCAGACGAGAUCGCAAAGUUAUGUGAUUGCGGCAGGGCUACAGUGUUUCGCGUGAAGAAAGAAAUGAUUGCCAGUACUGAUAAUAUUGAGAACUGA